UAUUAACCUUUUAUUUAGUCAUUAUUUAGUCGUUAUUUAUUCGAUUGGUCUUUUGGCUAUAAUCGAUUCGAAUGAACUCGUCCAGUAAUACGCUAUAAUACGUAGUACUUACGUGCCUCAAUUAUGUCAUCAUCAGCAAUUACUCAUUUUCAUAGAGUUCCCAAUGAACUAAGAUAAAAUUUGAUUGAUAUAUUUGAACGAUAUAAGAUUAAUAAACGUGACAUUUAUUUUUUCAUCAUUUACAUCUCAAAGAUAUUUGUUUCGAUAGAGAUAAUAUUCUUUUUGAAUAAAAAUUCAUUUGAGAGAGAGAAUCAUGAUAAGAAGGCACGUUUAUCUCUUUGGUUAAUUUCCUGUUUCCGAUAUUUUCCACCGAUAAAGCCAGACAGGUUCUUACCAGGCUGUUCGUUCUUUCGUUUGCUAGUUCUAUAAAACAUAACCUAUAGUGGUUACAAUUUACGAGGUUCAGGUAUAUUCGCUGCCGUAAGCGAUACACGUACAGGUACAUGGAUACGUACAAUUUCUAUGUGUGCGUAUAUAUACAUUUAUAGUCGAGGAUGUUGGAUGACGAUUGGCGGCUUGUAACAUGGCCGACCGAUGCGCAAGUCGAGUUGCGCAGCUGACAAAUUUUGUCAAACUUCUGUAUUACUGUAUGACUGUUAUAUAGAGUGUUACAAAUCAUUUCGUGAUUGAAUCACUUUGUUCUCGACUUUUGAACAAUGUAUCAUCUAAAAGUAUCGCGUUUACCUUAUUUGUUGUUUGAGCCUUGUGAGAAUAUAUAAGAGUAUAGAGCGUAAAAGCGAAAGGUGGAAGAGUGAGUGCAAGAUAGAGAGAAGGAAGGAGGCGUUAAAAGGAGGACUCGUUUAGAGGGAGGAAAGUGCUAACGUGUAGAGAGGGAAGAGAAGGAGAGAGAAAGAGAAGCAGAGUGGCCGAUCUGCUUAUUUCGAGAAACAUACCUUUACCUGUUAACCGUUGUCAUAGAUUUUAAGAAGAGACCAAAUUAGUGAAUUCUUUCAUUAAGCAGUAAAAGAAAAUCGAAGUGGGAAGGAUACGAAUCAUAUUUUCAUUUCUAUCUUAUCGUAUCGAGACGAGACUAUGCACGGAAAAAGAAAUUCGUAAAGGUAACAAGGAACGAUCGAAGGGAGACGACAACGAAAAAUCAUAAUAACGAAGAUAAAGAUUUCUUUCCAUCGUAGAAACAUGCUAAUUCGUCUGUCACGAGGAGGCGUGACGAGUCGUAGGUCGCAAGAGUUUCGAGCACGAUUCUUCUCGUGACCGAAUUCUGAGGUUCGGGUGUGUACGAAGUACACGGUGCGUGCCUAAGUACGAAAUCAAGAAGAAACGAUUUAUCGAGAUUAUCCUCGAUGAGAUAUACAAUACCGCGUGCGAGUUUCUAUCUUCCUCUUCCGCAUUUUUUCUCGACACUCUAUCGCUAAAGAAUAUUAUUACGUCCUCAAGGCUAUUUUGGAAUAGAGUUCACACUGUCUGGUUCGUCCAAGAUAUUCGGCUAUGGUUGUAGCCAGUGGUGGAUGGGUACAAAAUGCCAAUUAUCCUGCUGCUCAGAAUAAUAACAAUCUGAGCUUGAGCAACAUGCAGGACAAUAAGAUGGCACCGAAAGUUGUCCUGAUUUGCAGGGACAACUCUCAUCCGUUUCAAGAACGUACGUUGACUUUGGAAGAACCUGUGAAAAUAGGUCGUUCAGUGGCCAGAGUAAGGGCUGCUCCAAAUAAUGCGAUCUUUGACUGUAGAGUGUUGUCAAGGAAUCACGCAUUGCUUUGGUAUACCGGUGGAAAAUUUUAUUUACAAGAUACUCGUAGUAGCAAUGGAACAUUCAUUAACAAUCAAAGGUUAAGUACUUCAGGCUUAGAAUCUGCAGCCGAAGAAGUAUGUUCAGGAGAUAUAGUUCAAUUUGGAGUGGAUGUAGUAGAGAAUACAAAGAAAGUAACGCAUGGUUGUAUAGUGGCAACAAUAAAGCUUUAUCUGCCGGAUGGUAAAGAAGCUAAAGCUAGUCUUAGCACAUCUGUUACACCGGUAGGUAGUAAUGUUUCCUUAGAGGAUUUAUAUAAAUUGUAUCAAGUUAUACAAGAAGCUUCUAGGAGGGAAAAGGCGCUUAAUUCUAAACUAGGACAUCUUCAACAAUUGGUAGAAAAUAUUCGAAAAGUUACUAAUCAGUCAUGGAAAGCAUUGAUAACGGAAGAUCGUUUGUUAUCAUGGGUUGAAACUGUGGAAAAUCAACUGGUUGUUUAUUCUAAAAAUUACACAGAAGAUAAGAUUAGAAAUGAACUUGUAAAACUUCAAGAGGAAAAAGCACAAUAUCAAAAUACAGCAAAGGAAGCAUUGCAGAAAAUUUUGCAAGAAAAGCUGGAAAUUGCUAAAAGACUAGUGCAUGUAGAAACUCAAUUAAGCGAAACUGAAGAAGAAAAUCAGAGUUUGCACAGUGUUUCAAAAUAUACUCAAAAUGAAUUGCAAGAACUUAGUGUCAAAUAUACAGAAGUACAAAAGAAACUCCAGGAAACGACGAACAAACUUUUGGAAACUGAAGAAAAAUUAAAAGUAGUGAAGCAAAAUGCAGAACAAGAGAUACAAGUUAUAUUAAAAACAUUGGAACGUCAAGAGGCAAAAGAACAAAACUUGUUGGCAAGAUUACAAAAGUCUAGAUUAAGUUCGGUUAAUAUUCUUAAGCAGAUCACUGCCUUGAGAAAUUAUAUGCAAACUCUGCAAGAUAUGGAUCCAAAAUUAGUUACAAGUGAACAUUUUGAUUCAAAAGAUGGAGAAAAUCCUAUUGAUGCUAUUAAUGCAAUUUUGAAUAAAUUAAAUUCUAUUAGUGCUGGCAAUAUAGAAAUGGAUUCUGAAAGUAAUUUUAAAGAAGAACAAGAUAAUCAAUUUAAUUUACAAGAUAUAGAUUCUAAUCAAUUGAAAGUAGUAAAUUCUGAAUCAUUUAGUUCAAAAGAGAAAUUAGAUGACUUGGCAGUGGGAAAUGAUAAUUUAACAGAAUAUAUUUUGCCGCCUCCAUCUAGGAGAACAUUAGUAAAUGGAAAUGCUAAUUUAGACAAUUUGGAUAUUAAUUCGGAUGCUGAUAUAGAUUCGGAUGCAACGGAUGAAACAUGCAGUGUUGCUAGUGAUGAUGUUAGCAUAAAAUCGACUAUAGAAAACAAGAAAGAAGAACAUGCCUUUGGAGAAAUUAAAGAGAUAUUUGUACCACAUAAAACGGAAGUUAGAUUUGCGUCCAAUGAAAAUGGCGAGCAAUUAGAAGUUUAUUAUGAGCCAACGGAACAAACAGAAAAGGAGAACGAAUUAUUAGAAAAAGCAAGUGAUACCGUAGAUUCUGAAAAGUCUUUCAGAGAAGUAGAGAAUAUAACAACAGAAAAAUAUGAACAAAUUGAAGAGAAAAAUGUCAACGAAAAAGUUGACUUAAAUAAAGACUGUGACGAAGAUCAUCUAGAAGGAGAUUAUAUUAAGACAUUAAAGCCUAUGACUAAGAAUGAAAGUAUGCAACAGAGUUUGCAUUCAAAAGAAUAUAUAUUGCACACUCUAAUUGGAUCUUUAGAUUCUUUAAAAGGUGAAGACAGCCUGGAAGCACAACAAGUGGUCAAGCAGGAAUUAGAAGAAUUAAGAGACUCGUUGAUUCAUGAACCAACUGAGAUCAUUAUGGAUAGGUUGAAGGAAUUGUAUUAUCGUGCGAAAAAUGAGGCUCAAAGGAUGCAGGAAGUUAAUGAAGAAUUAGUAAUAGUGAAAGAAAAGUACAAUGCCUUUUUAGAUGAAAGAGGAGAACUAUUAAAAAAAUAUACCACAUUAAAGCAACAGUGUGGUGAUCUGCUAAAUGCAACCUACACUGUGCCAAUACAUUAUGUUGUUCCCAUUGUAAUAGCGUUAGUCUGCAUGUUGCUAGAAAAAAUCUUCUAAUGUUUUUUGCUUUUGUAAAUAAUUUUCUCUAUGAGAAGUAAUAUAUCUCCUUUUUAAUUUUUUAUCUACAGUAAUAAUAAUAAUAUUAAUAAUAAUAAUAAUUAAUAAUAGUAAUAAAAAAAAAAAAAUAACAAUAUUAGCUAUAAUAUGUGGUGCAAUCACAAACUCAAGUUUUAUUCUGUAUAACUGUAGAAGUGGAUUUAGGUCUGGAAAAUUUAUAAUCUCUAUUUGAGAAAUUUAACGUUUUUUUAUAUGAUUAAGAUUAAACAAAUUUGUAAAUAGUAUGAUAUACAAAUGAACGUAUCCAUAAAGAACCAAAUUCAGGAAUUUUUCAGUUUUUACUUUUUUUUUUGUCUUUUUUUUUCUUUUUUUUUUUUGUCUUUUUUUUUUUUUAAAUUCUUUUGGAGGAAUGAAAAAUCAAAGGCAGUAUUAUAUAUUCUAUGGACAUAUGCAUUGUGUAUCGAUUUAAAAUGAAACUACGGCUAGAUGGAACAUAUUUAGAGAAGAAACUAGACAAUACCACUGAAAAUGUUCAAUAUGCUGCCAAUCUGAAUAAUCAUAUCUUUUCAAAGUUGUGGUGGCAUUUAGUAUCGGAUUACAAUGCCACACGCUUCGUGUUAACACGUCGUCGCGAUUAUUUAUAAUGCAACGUCUUCGUUGGAUCGAUCAAUGAAUGGCAAGUGGCUAUGACACAAAAUUAACUGAGCAAAGUGUGUUCAUCAAUAUAUUAUCUCAUUAUUUUCCGUUUAUUGUAUGUCUUUUCUUUUUUUGCCUGAGUAUGAAAGUAACAAAUAAACAAACAAACAAAAAAAGAAAAAAGGAAAAAGAAUAUAGACAAAAAAGAGUCUUAUUUUACAAUCGACUAUCACGUUGAGAUCACGCAUGCGAACAAAUUUUUAUAAAAUGUGUUGUGCGGUGGCUGUAAAUCUUUCUUCUUUUUCUUCUUCUUCUUCUUCUUCAAGAUUUCUUAUCGCAAAAUUUAUCUUACCCAAAUUACCGUUUCAUCACCGAUAUCUAUUACAUGUAUACUCAUUCAUACACACACACACACACACAGAUAUACAAUCUUUUUGAAAUUAAUAGUUUAAAGUUCACUUUUUUCUUUCUUUUUUUUUUUUAUUUUUUUUUUAUUUUUUAUUAUUUUUUUUUUUUAUCUUUCAUAUUAUCAUUUAUAGAUGGAGUAUCGUUUCAUAAUACAUAUGGCACGUGUUCAGUUGUUUGUAAAAAGAUGUGUUGCGUAGUUUUUCACCGCAAGCGUGCUUCGUGCACAGGCAUGUUAUUGAUUGAGUUGUUUAAAAUAAAAUUGAUUUUGUAAUGGUACCGCAAGUUCUAUUUAUCGAUAGUGUAUAAUUACGAUUAUCUAUUUAUCUAUGCGUUCUUAAUCAAUGUGUUUUUGUCUACGCGGAUUGUGCAAAAGCUUUAAAUGCUCACUAUUUUCGAAUUUAAUUAUUAUUUAAAUAAUACAUUUUUCGUAUAUUUUUAUUUUUUUUUAUUUUUUUUUUUUUUAUAUAAAUAUGCACGCUCGAUCUAUAUCUUCAUUUGCAUUGAUAUCAUCAUAUUAGAAAGCAUAUCUAAUCGACCGACCUAAUAAUUAUUAAGCAGAUUAUUCUCAUAUACUUGUAGAAUUUUUUUAAAGCUAAUCGGUACAAGGAUUUUUCAAUCCUACAGCGAUAAAAAGAAAAUGAUCUAGGCAUCUAUUCAAAAAAAAAAAAAAAAAAAAAAAAAGAAAAAAAGAAAAAAAGAAAAAAAAAGAAAAAAAAGAAAAACGAAAAAAAAAGAAAAAAAAUAAAAGGAAAAAAAAAUUGAUAAAAAGAAAAAGAAAAUAUAGAAAGACAGAUUUCCGAAUUGUACACUUUUCCAUUGAAUUCUUUUUAUAUGAAUAUAAUCGAAUUUAAUCGUACCUUGAUUCAUUAGUUUUAAUUAGAGUGCCAUUGCUCGAUCAACAUUUUCCGUGUUAAAAGAAUUAUUAAAGAGACGUAAUUAUAAGAGAGAAAGAAAAGAAAAAAAGAAAGAAGAGAUUGGAUUAUAAAUAUAUUCUCGAUUUUUGUCUUUCGAGAGAAAGAAAAUCAAAUAGUCUCUCACGAUUGUCACUUUCGUCACUUGAAUUUAAAAAGAAAGACAAGAGAAUCGUGGAAAUUUAUAUAGCAAAUCCUACUUGUACAUAAUAUUGUUGAUAUAACCUUAAUACUAAUGUAUAAGUCAUAAAAAAUAAAAAUUAACUUAAUUGAGAA